AUGAAAGGCAUGUUCCAGCGCGCGAGCAGCUUUGACCAGGCCAUUGGCAGCUGGGAUACAUCUAAUGUAGAAGACAUGCACUCCAUGUUCUACCUGGCAGUGUCGUUCAACCAGAACAUCAGAGAGUGGAAUACAAGCUCCGUCACUGACAUGAGCUCAAUGUUCCGUGCGGCCGAAGCAUUUAACAAACCUAUCGGCAGAUGGAACACAUCGGCAGUCACUAAGAUGACUUCCAUGUUCUACAAGGCCCCGCGCUUCAAUCAGCCAAUUGGUGGUUGGGACACUUCACGGGUAACCAACAUGAGCUUCAUGUUUUACGACGCCAGCAAGUUUGAUGAGGACAUCAGCAGAUGGGACACAUCGCGUGUGCUUUCCAUGGGGUCAAUGUUUCACAGAGCCAGCAGCUUCAACGGCGCGAUUGGAAACUGGAACACGGGACGUGUUACAGUCAUGGCGUACAUGUUCUAUGAGGCGACGAGCUUCAACGCUGAUAUAGGUGCAUGGAACACUUCCUUGGUAGUCGACAUGAGUUACAUGUUCUUCGGCGCCGUGAAGUUCAACAGGGACAUCGCUGGUUGGGACACGGCAGCUGUGGCAGAUAAGGCCCAAAUGUUUGUUGGCGCCACCGCUUUUGACAAAUCACUCAGCAUGUGGGAUUUCUCUGGCACGGAGCAGCCGGGGACAACUAUUUUUGGAGGAUCUGGCAUUUCGAAGUGCAGCCUCAAGAAUUUGAAGCAGCAUUUUCGUUUUCAGGACGAUGUUCUCGCUUUCUGCCCUUCUUGCAACGGGACACGCUGUCCUAGCACAAGCUUGGCAUGUCUUCACGAUGAGUGCGCACCGAGAAGUUUGGGUUUCAUUGAGCUUGGAAGCUGCAACUUGCGGGAUGGCUUGCAGGAGUGUGGGCGCGCAGAAGAUCUCAACAUUCUAAAUCUUAGUUUUGGGGACUGUGCAGCAAACUGCUCACGUCUAGCGGCUUGCUCUGGAUUCUUCUUCACCAACUACAAGUGGGGCUCAGAAGAUGGAGCAGGUUAUCUUUGCUCUCUGAGCAUUGGCCAGUCGUUUCCCACCAGAGUCCAUGGAACCACCGAAAUUCUGUAUGCUUUUCUGAAGACCGACUGCAAGACUUUUUCAUGCCCUGCCUGGGGUACGCUGGCUGCGGAUCCUGGAGAGGAUGUCACAGAGGCCUCCUGCUGCACAUGUGCAGCCCCCAAUGCUGUGCAAGACAGGUCCAGUCGCCUAGAUUUGGAGUGCACUGUCUGCGCAGCAGGCACAGUUCCUGCGAGUGAUCAUCGGUCAUGCGAGGCUUGCCCUAUGGGGCGCUAUGCAGGGCGCGGUUUCAGCGCUUGCCAAUUGUGCGUGGGCAGCAGGUCUUUGCCAAAUCAGAAUCAGACCGCCUGUGAGGAAUGCCCAAGUGGCACGUUCGUGCCCCAGGAUUACUACUCCUGUGAAUCUUGCCACUUCCCCUUUCUUCUUGUCAACAAUACUUGCAUCUGGUGGCACCUCCCCUUGGUCGCUUUUGUCUUACUCACUGCUUGGUAUGCUGGCCGCGCGAUCCGGCAGUCUUUUCAGAGGAAGAAGCAGAGUCGGCGCCAGCAGCAUGAAGCGCAGGUGAGCAAGGUCAUGGACCUAUUGGAGGCUGCACUCUGGGACCGGGACGACGAGACGGUUUCCGCCCUCAGAGUCACCUUGCAGGGCCUGGGUCUGAGUGCCUCAGCUUUGGACGAGAAGGUUCGCAAGAUGAAGGCCCAUCAAAGCUCGGUAGCAGGUGUUGGCAUGGAGUACUUGCUUUCUGAGAGCUUUGCCUCCCUAGCCACACUACGCUCCGGAAAGCAAGAUCCAACAUUCAACGACCUCAAGGACGCUUUUUGGUUGUGCGACAAUCCAAUCGGCCAGGAGGUUCUUUGCCCCCGGGAUGGGAGGAUUGGCUGCGCCUUGGUGGACUGGUUACCAACCUGCCACCGCCGACAACAAACUCAUUUUAUGUCGUGGACCUGGCGCUACAGUUUGGGCCAGAUUCGAAGUUCUCUGGAGAUGUGGAUGGCAGAUUCCAAGUCAACCAUUCAAGCGGAAAGCAUCUCUUUCUUCAUGUGCUUCUUCGUGAAUAAUCAAUUCAGGAUUAUCUUGGAGAACCUCAUAGCAGGCAGCGAUGAUCUUGAGCGCGUUUUCAAGGAGAACUUAACUCGAAUUGGCCAUGUCGUGGCUGUUCUGGACACUUGGAAGAUGCCUGUGUACCUCACUCGAGUAUGGACUAUCUACGAGCAGUUCACUGCCUGCUCACUGCAGGCGAGGUCUGUCUGCCUCUUAGGGCCCCGUGCAAGGAUUCCCGGGCAUAGGGUAUAG